CAGGAGAGGGAACGGAAUGUGAAAGUUUUUGGUACCUAUUUGUUGCGACAAAAACUAAUUUUGAGGCUGAAAGUGUCAACAAAACGUGUUACAUCGAAAACAAUCAUCAGCCGUUCUGAGCAUAAAUUCAUUCUACGACUUAUUGAACUGACCAUGGUUCAUCGAUAGAAAAAAGCCAGAAAACUUGUAUACCUAGUAGCUUACGCAAGGAACAUCAAGUCGAAAUAAAAAAAUGUCUCUGUUGUUAAAUCUACCUCGAUUGGGUGCGUCUGCUAAGCGAGGCCUAUUGAAGUGGCCUUUGGGAAAUCGAUUUUCAACACAGCUCAUCAAUGUUAAUAGUUUCGCUGGGCUGGCCAGCGUCGAGCAAUCGUACAGUUGCUACAAGUGGAACGAACAGAGCGGAAAUGGCAGAGUGCUAAAACGAUUUCCAGCUCUUCAACAGUAUCAGCUCAGGAACAUUGUCCGGCAGUCUAUUCUCCAGCAACAGGUGCAAAAGCAACCGUCUGAACAACAGCAAACCGGUAAUGACAGCGGAAGUGCAUAUCCGCCACCGGUUUGUGAGCCGGAAAAUUUGGGUCUGUUCGCUCGAUUUAAAAAGAUGGCCAAGGAGUAUUGGUACGUUUUGAUCCCGGUCCAUUGUUUGACGUCCGUGUUCUGGUUCGGCGGUUUUUACUAUGCAUCGAAGAGUGGUGUUGAUGUCAUUGCAGUGCUCGAAUCGAUGGGAGUUUCUCCGAAACUGAUCGAUCCGGUGCGCGACUCCAGCUUGGGUCAUAUUGCGGUAGCCUAUUUGCUUUAUAAGAUCGCGACACCAGCACGUUACACUAUUACUUUGGGUGGUACCACCGUUUCAAUCAAGUAUCUUGUAGCUCUGGGUUACAUAAAACCGAUGCCUUCAAAGGCUCAGCUGGUGCAGAUGUACAAGGAUAAGAAGGAAGAUUUUCAGGAGAAGAUGGCUGAGAAGAAGCAAACACUCCAGGACAAAAAACAAGAGCUUUCCGAUAGGCAAAAAUGUUUGAUGGAUGAUAUCAAGAAAAAAAGACGGUUAACUAAUGAAAAGUAGCACUUUCGCAAGAUUUUGGAGGAUAGCGUUGACCAGUGUCCUUGAUUUUCUAGUGCGUUUUGGGUGUACGUUGCGUACAAAUAUCUAUUUACACGUUUCCAGUAUCAGUAAUGUCCAUACGAAUAAAAAGUGUUACUCUAUUCGACAAGCCCCUAGACAUUACUGGAGAGCUAAGCUUUUUUGUUCUAUAGAUCAAUAAAUUUGUUUUUUAUAUUG